UAAGAAAGUGGAGCAGAUUGGUUGAUGGAUAGAAUCCCUCAAAUAUGAAAAAGUUCAUAGAUGUUAAUAAUGCAUCAUUUGGUCAUUAAUUCCAUCCAAGUAUCCUCAGACUGUAGGUUGAGGAUGGGACUCAUGCGUGCUAAAGAACGUGGUGGUGAAGAACGGGUCCACGCCCCCGUCACAUCCGGGUCCGUUCCAGCUGUGACCAGCUGUUCGCCUCCAGCGGUGAAGUUCUGAAGAAGACGCUGCAGGCCGGAAGUGGGUGCGGCGUGAUGAAAGGUGUGACCGAGCAUUGAGCAUCCUGACGUGAACGGGGAAACCCAAAAAAGUCUGCGCGGAUCAGAGUCACGAGGCCCAGCGGGAAACCGUCACCGGGGGAGAGCAGCACGCGCGCGGACGACAAGUGACGGUCGGAGCCUUUGAUCUGCGACCUGGAAUGACCCCAAAAGGGACGGCAGAGGGGAUCCUGACGGGACGGCCCAGUCAGAGCUUCCUCACACCCCUGACAGCGUGAAGCAGCUGGAGGUGGGAGCUUCAUGAUGUGUGGAAGCUUCCGUCAUGGCGUCCACGCGUGACCAGCCGUCUUCUGGACGAGUGCAGACGUGUUUGUCUCUGCUGUCUUUAGGCUUUGAUAUGAAGAAGGACAUCGACUCGCUGGUGGCAGAGGAACGCGCCGACAUCAUUUCCAAAUACGACAAGGGCAGACAGGGGGGCGUCGACAUCGACCCGUGGGAAGAUGCAGACUACUCCAUCUACAGAGUCACCGACCGCUUCGGCUUCCUGCAUGAGGAGGAGCUGCCCACGCCAUCGCCGCUCGAAGAAAAGCAAAAGCAGCAGGAGCUGGAGCGACUGCCCAAAUGGCUGAAGAUGGUGAAGAAGUGGGACAAGUACAGGAGCAGCGAGAAGGUCUGCUCGCCCCCAUGAGGCCCCGCCCCCUGCUUCCGCCACCGACCUCUUGGCUUCUUUUGACCUCACUGACGAUCUCAGUGCUGAUCUCCUCCUUCCUCCUCCCUCCUCCUGGUGCUGAGGUAUCUCCUCCUUCCUCCUCCUCCUCCUGGUGCUGUGGCAUCUCCU